AUGGCUACUACGUACUCGACAGCACACUUGCCUCCGUCCAACUUCCAGCAAAUUAAAGUAUCUUUGGAUGGGAAUGUGGCCAUUAUACACUUGAACAGACCUGAACGGCUUAACGCAUGGACCAACAUAAUGAGCGAUGAACUAGUUGAAUGCUUUGGUGCCCUUGAUCGUGAUGACAGGGUUAAAGUCAUUGUCGUUACGGGAUCUGGACGAGCUUUCUGUGCUGGUGCUGAUCUCCAAAAUGGAUUGGGUGCAAGAAACGCUCCUGGAGAACGAACUCACCGUGACACUGGUGGCCAGACCACAUGUGCAAUCAUCAACACUCGCAAGCCUGUGAUUGCUGCCAUCAAUGGACCAGCUGUUGGAGUUGGAAUCACGAUGUGUCUUCCAAUGGAUUUCAGAAUCACUCACAAGGCCAACAAGAUUGGAUUUGUGUUUGUGCGAAGAGGAAUUGUCCCUGAAGCUGCCAGUACCUUUUACCUGCCACGAUUGAUUGGCUAUAGCAGAACGAUGCGUCUUUUCAUGGGAGGACAGAUCCACCUCGGAAACUCGCCACUCCUCAAGAACUUGUUCACAGAAGUCACAGAUACUCCCGAGCAAGUUCUCCCAGCAGCCCUCGCUCUCGCUCGAGAGAUCGGUAAAGAAAACUCAGCUACCUCCAUGGCCAUGAUCAAGACAUUGAUUUGGAGAAACCCAGGAUCUCCAGAGGAAACGCAUUUGCUUGAUUCCAAGGCCAUGUUUACAUUGGGUAAUGGACCAGAUGCAAAAGAAGGUGUAGACAGUUUCUUGGAGAAGAGAGAUGCCAAGUUUACUCAGAGUGUGAAGGAUAUGCCUGCUUUCCUGCCUUGGUGGGAGUCUGUUGAUAUUAGUUCUCCAAAACUAUAA